UAGUUUUUGUUCGACUUAAUCGGAAAAAAAGACAAAAAAGUAAAAAAAAAAAAUAAAAAAAAACAAAAUAACUUAAAAUGCCAAUAGACAAAAUUCGUAAUACACCCGUCGACAAAAUUCUUAGCUAUCGACGUAAUCCACAGCAGCAAGGACCAACGCCAGGAGAUGACGAUACAGCCAAUUGUCCAUACUAUUUACCAUCUCAUUUGAAUAAGAGAUCAGAGGCCAUGGAGCACCACCACCAGCAGCAGCAGCAGCAUCACAAGGAUGAUAAGGAUACCGAUUCAUUCGAUACUGAUGAUUCAGAUACACAAAUCUUGCCACCGCCACGACGUUCGCCUGUGUCUCGGGCAAAUUUACAUCGUCAAUUUACCACACAUAAACACUGUAUUCAGGCAAUCAAAUUUUUCGUUUGCAUUGUGAUAAUCUGUGGCCUGUUGCGCCUUGUGCCAUAUUAUCAACGGGCAGAUGCCAUUCAACCAACAAUUCUUCUUUGGAACGAUAAUGCAAUAGAUGGAGCCAGAGGAGCUACCUCAGAGCUAAAUGAAUGCGGCUGUUUGAUGACAACUAGGCGUAAUUAUACGACUUAUCCCUUUGAUGCGGUUGUCAUCAAUGCAGAUAUUCCAUAUACAAUAAAUGGCAUGGAUAUGGUGAAGCAUAAAGCCAACUAUAUUGUGGUUUUUAUGGCACGCAAACCACUGAGCCUUUUGCAGAAUCCAUUAAAUUUAACCACGACCAUCACAAAGCAACAGCAACAAGUGGCAUUCAAUUUCACAAUGACCUAUCGUCUCGAUUCGGAUCUCGUAUGGACCGAUCAUUAUUUCACACAGCAUCAACGUAAACGACGCAUAACCGAAUUUACAAAACAAAAGUUGAAUUUCAACAUCAGGAUGAUGACGGCACGCCAGGCCAGUGUCCUGGAAACUCAUCUAAAAUCCAAACGUUAUUUCGUCAUGUAUCUAAUGUAUGAAGUCAAUGAUUAUUCUCUGCCAGAGAGUCUCUAUCUGAUAGAAUUACGUAAACAUAUCGAUUUGUAUGCCCUAGAUAAUUGCCGCACUUUCAAUGAUUGUUCGUUAUAUCGUUUUAUGUUAGUUUUCGAUUCAAGUGGCUGUACGGAUUAUAUACAUCCGGAUUUCUUUACAGCAUUGGAUAAUUAUGUUGUGCCCGUUAUGGUUGGAGGCGGUAAUAUCAGCCAUUUGGUGCCACCGCAUUCCUAUAUAAGCAGCAUGGACUUUGACACACCAAAGGAUUUGGUCAUAUACCUGGAAAAUUUGGCCAUGAGCAACCAGCAAAGAGACUAUGAGAAAUACUUUUGGUGGCACACCAACUACAAGUUGCAAAAGACCAAUACUCGACCAUAUUGCUUGAUCUGUCAUGAGAUCCGUGAGAUGUCGCAGGACACGAAACGGGAUUCGAGUAGGUUUACCGAUUGGUGGCACAAAAGUCAAUGUAACAAUCGCACACUCUAAAAAGUCUCUUGCCAUAAAAACAAAACGUCAAAACUUGCCACCAAUUCCCCCAAGAUCCAAAUAUAAUUACCGAUUGCAAAUUGGC